AUGUUUGAAACAAUUAUAGCUUCAUUUAUCAAACGUUAUGUAUCACGCUAUAUUGAUAUUAAUGCUGAUCAAUUAUCUGCUCAACUUCUAUAUAAACAACAAAUUAUUAUUGAAAAUUUAACUUUAAAUAAAACAACAGUUAAUGAAGAUAUUCAUACAAUACUUAAAUUACCAAUAAAAAUUGAAUCAAUUCAUAUUGAUAAAAUUCAAUGUUCAUUUGUUUGGAGUUCAUUAUUUUUUCGUUCAUCAUCAGCUGCAAUGAUUAUUAAAAUUGAAGGUAUUCAUGCAGUUAUUAUAGAAAAUGAGAAUGAAUUUUUAAUAGAAACUAUUGAAGAAAAUAAUCAAAAUAAAAAACGUAAUCAACUUGAUUUAAUUGAACAACAAUUAGAAAAAGAAUUUGAAUGUUUUGGUGAAGUUAAAUCAUCAAGAUGGAAUAUUAAACGAUUAUUUAUGUCUUUUUUUGAGAAAUUACAAAUUGAAAUUAUUGAUAUACAUAUCAGUUAUAAAAAUUCUACAUUUUAUACAAUUGGAUUAACUUGUGAUUCAAUUCAAAUUUCAAACGAACCAUCGAAUGAAGCAAUUAGUCGACAAAUAUUUCGAAUAGUUAAUCCAGGUUUUUAUAUUGAUAUUAAUAAUCCUUCAACACAUUCCUAUAUUCUUUCUCCACCAAUUUCUAUGGAAAUUUAUCUCAUACAUAAUCAUUUUCUAAUUAAUCAAAAAGAAUAUUGUUAUGAAUUUCAAUGUACAUUCAAUGAUUUAAAUAUGAAAUGCAAUAAUGAACAAGUUCGUAUUUUAACUGAUAUUAUUCGUUCUAUUCAACAUACAAGUCUUCAUCGAAUGUUAAUCUCAGAUUCGAAUAGACCUCAUUCAAAGAUUUCUAAACAAACAGCUAAAGCUUGGUGGCGUUAUACUAUUUUAGCUGUUCUUCGAACACAAAUUGAUUCAAAAAAUUUGACUAUAAAUUUUUGGUUUGAUCGUUCUUUAUUAAUAUAUCGACUACAUCAAUUAAUAACGUAUAAACGUUUAUAUCGAGCAUAUCUCGAUAAGAAAUAUGGCAAAUAUUCAAAUUUUUCUUUUCAAGAUGAAUUAACAAUGAAUAAUAUUGAAAUAGAAUUUAAUAUAAAACAUCUUAUAAUUAUACGUCGUUCGAUUUUUCAAAUGCGAAUUAAUGAACAAUUAAAUGACAAAAAACAAGAAACAAUUGGAUGGUAUUCAAAUUAUGCUAAAUGGAUUACAUCAAAAGUAAUUGAAUUAUGGGAACGAAUGCUUACAUCAGAGAAUAUGAAUACUAAUUUAAAUGAAAAUGAUCUAAAAUUUCAAGAACAAGUAAAUACAUUUAUUGCAGAAUCAAUCGAAGAUGAAGAUCUAGCAGAAAAUUGUCAUAAUUCUCUUAUUUUUCGUUUUAAAUUUACACUUAAAUCAGUACAGAUCGAUCUUUUAUCAUCAAACAAUACUAUUCUUUUCAAUUUCUAUUUAAAAAAUUUAUCCUUAAUGACUGAAUUUCGAUUACGUCAUCAAUCGAUACUUACUUCUAUCUAUCUUGAAGAUUUAUAUCUACGUGAUCAAGAACAAAUAGAUAAAUUUUCUAAAAUGAUAUGUUCAAAAGAAAGAUCACAGCAAGAUGAAUCACAACAAGUACCUAUUUUUCAACUUACAUUUGAGAAGAAAAUCAAAUCAAAAAGUUUAAAACAAUCUAUAUAUUCAAUUGAUAUUCGUAGUUGUGGUCUUCGUAUAGUUUGUUGUCCAAAAUCUAUUGAACGAUUAUAUCAUUUUUAUCUUUCAGCUUUUAGUCAAUUUCCUCGAUCGUUAUCAUCAACUUUUUAUAAUUGGAAACAAAUUAAAAAUUAUGUAGUUCAAAAUUUGAUGUCAGUAUUGGAACCAAUCAUACCUACACAUAUUACUAAUAAUAAUAAAGUGAAAAAUUUUCAUCUACAAAAUUUCAAACAAAAUCAACAUCGAGAAAAGAAAAUAUUUCAUACAUAUAUAAAUAUAGGUGCUCCAGAAAUUAUCAUUCCUCUACUAUCACAUGAUACAUUAAUAAUUGAUCUGGGUUGCUUGAUAUUGACCAAUGAUUCUGAAAACAAAAGUGAUACUGUAACAUCAUUAAUAAACACUGCAUUUACUCAACAACAAUUUCAAGAGAAUGAUGAUGAGGCAUUUUUAACACCUGAUAGUUCACCUGAGGCAAUUGAUAAUCUAUCAGAAGUAGAAACAACAUUUUAUUCAAUCAAUAUAAUUCCAACAGAUCAAAUUGAUGAUCAUAUUGUUGAAUAUUCUACUUUAAAACUCUCAAUUAACGAUAUACAAAUUGGAUAUUCAACUGAUUUCUCGCAGAUAGUAGAAAGAUUUAGCGUUUACUUUGUUGUUCAACAUCGAGUAAACCAUUUAUGGCCAUUAGUCAAUAUUUCAGGUACAUUACAAAAGAUUAUUGUUCAUUUGAAUUCAGAAAAAAUUCAAAAUCUUUGUUGUACUAUCAAUCCUUGGAUUACAUUUAUCGACAAUUUUGUCACUAAAUCACAUUAUCAGUUAAAUAUUUGGCCUGUGUUAAACCUUCAUUUAGAUGAAAUAAAUAUUCUAUUAAAUGAUAAGUCUCAAAUUCUAUGUGAUAUUCAUAUACAAAAUAUUGAUCUAUCAUUAAUUAAUACAGAUCAUUCGAAAAAUUUAACUUUUAUUUUACAAACUUUGACAAUUUUCGAUUGUACACAAAAAAUUGGAGAGAACUAUGAAAUUUUACUAAAAACAAAUCAAGUUUUAAAUGUAAAUGAACCUUUUAUUCGUGCUAAUAUUAAUUUCUUGACAAAAUCUCAAAUUUCUGAAUGUAAUUCAAUAAUUGAUAUCAAUACAGAUAAGCUUGAUUUUGUUUUUAAUUCUAAAACAAUUUGUACAUUAGUCAAUUUUUUAUUGGAUAUCAAUCUUUUUUCUUGGAAUCGAACAAUAUUAAGAAGUAUGGAUAAUUUGAGCAAUUCUACAAUCUAUAAAAUAAAUGGUAAAUUUCGAGAAAUUAAUGUUCUCUUUAUUAAUAUAACACCAAACAUAUUACCAACUGAAGUUCAUGUACGAAAUAUCUCUUUAAACAUCUUAUUGAAUCCAUUUUCAAAAUUUGAAAUAACUCUUAGUGAUGUACAAAUUUUUAAUCAAUUAAAUACUUCACAACAAUCUUCCAAUGCUUUGAUUAUUGAUGAUGAACAAAUAAAUCUUAUUUUGGAUAUAAGUACUCAUUCAAACAAUCAUGAAGAAUCACAAAAUACAGCAUUACAUUUAUUAUUAAUAAAUACGAAUGACAACGAUUAUAAUUUAUCAAUAAAAAUUAUUUCUAUUUCUUAUUUUCAUUCACUUAAUAUGAUCUAUAAUAUUCAACAAAUUCUUAACUAUAUAAAUCAACAUUGUCAUUUGAUAGUAAAGCAAAAAGUUAAAAGCGAAAAUGAAAUCAUAUGGCUAUUCAAUCAUUUUACUCAUUUAAUAAAAUUUCCUAAUAAGUCAAUAAUCUCUUCACAUCAAUAUACUUUGAGUAUUGAUCUUCAUACAUUAACAGUUAUUUUUCCAAUGAAUAUUAUCAUACAACUUGAUAAGACUCAUAUCAAAAAUGGUCAUGAUCAAUCAUCAGACUAUGAAAUUAAUAUUGAUCGAAUAAAUUUACUUCCAAUGAAUUUCACUGAUGAAAUUCGAUCAAAAAUUAAAAUGAAUUAUAUUCAUCGUUCACAACAUUUAUUUUGGCAAUUUCUAGAAAAUAUUUCUAUGUCUGUCAAUCUUCAACUAUCUGAUGGAUCGAUAAUGAUUGAUUCAAAAUUAAUUUCUCCUCUUCGAAUAUUUCUUAGCCAAAAUCGAAUAAAAUAUGUAGAAGAAAUUCUAAAAGCAAUAUCUCCUCAUAAUACAACAUUAUUAUCUAAAUUCACUUUUCAUUUACUUUCAUUUCAAAUGAUUAUUAUCUUUCAAACUGAUCAUAAUUAUGAGUUAAUGACAAUAUGUGAAGCAAUUCUAGAUCAAUGUCAAAUAUCAUAUGAGCAAGAUUAUCCUUAUCAUAAAAGAAUUGCUCUUCAAUUUGAUUCUCUUCAAAUUAAAGAUCGUUUGAUAAAUUUUGAAGAAUAUCUUAUUGUAUUAAAAUUUCCAUCAUUGAUUGAACUAAAUAUUCAUCAAGUUGAUAAUCAACAUCAACAAUUCAAUGUCAAAUUUGGUAAAAUUAACAUAAAAUUUGUCAAAUUGACAUGGAUAAUAUUGUUAGAAAUAAUUGAAAUAUUUCAUAAUGAAAUUUUUUCAUCAAAAACUACUGAGAUUCAAAAUAAAGAACAACAUAUCAUGUCCAUUGUUGAUGAUUCAAUGGAUAUCUCAAUCAAUAUUGAUUCUAUUUCAUGUCUUUUUCAGGAUGAUAUAGUAUCACUUAUGAACAUUGAUCUUCAACGUUUUGUCAUUCAAAUUCAGACUUGUUCAAAACAAUCAGUAGUAUCAUUAAUUAUCAAUAGUCAACUUGGUUUCAUUUCUAUACAUGAUCUAUUAACUUCCAAUCAAUUUUAUAAUGAACGGCUUUGUACAACUGGUACGAAUGCAAUUGUCUUCAGUUUCACUACAAAAGAAAAUUCAGCAAAAAUUCUAGAUACUAAUUAUUCAAUUCAUCCUCAAUUACAUUUACGAUUAACAUCAAUUCAAUAUAUUCAUACACAAUAUUUUCUUCUUAAUCUUAUUGAUUUUUUAAAUCGUUUUCGACAGAAUGGAGAUUUCUAUAAUCGACUUCAAACGUUAGUUAUCAAACCAAUCAUUUCCAAUACGGUUCGACCAUUGAAUGAAAUUCUUUGGAAUACUGAAAUUGAAAAUAUGAUUCUUAUAUUACCUGAAGAUAUACUGAAAAAAUCAGUAUUCAUCUUUCAAUUAGAUUAUAUUAAUUUCAAUAAUCAUUUUCUCUUUCAAAACAAAUCGAAAAUAUCAAAUACUUUAAAAGAUCAAAUAAAAAAAGUUUCUCGACUCGAUUUCAUUUCAAUAGAAAUAAAAAAUAUUGAAUUUUAUUCUACAUAUUACUGUUUAUUCAAUGAAAAUAUUUCAACAUCUAUUCGUUUUUCAAAAUUUGGAUUUAGUCAUACGUACGGUGAACGUUUAUCUAUGGUUCGUGAACGAUUUCAUUUAAACAUAAAAAUAGAACAUAAUCUUGAUAAAUCAAUUAAUAAUACAUCACCAACAUAUAUCAUCAAAAUGAAUCUCUCAUCCAUUGAUAUUCUCUUCGAUUUAAAUCAAUAUCGUCUCAUACAAAAUAUUAUUGCUUCUAAUCUCAAUGAAGAAUCUACUAUUAUGAUAAACAAUCUAUUUAACUCUUUAUUAAUAGUAAAGAAUGAUGUUUAUGUUGAUUUUGCUGUCAUUAUUGAAAUUGAUCGUGUCGGAUUGGAAAUAUUCGUGUUUGAUAUUGAUUUGUUAUCAUUCAAUCAUCGUCGAUCGUUAGGUUAUUCUGGAUUAACAAAUCUUCAUAUUUCAUUCGAUCACUAUUUUAAUGGAAAUCAAUCCUUACAUCUUUUUGCUUCUACAAUUCAACUUCUGAAUACACAAAUUUCAAAUGGAAAUAUGAUCAUUUCAUUAUCGAUGCCUUCAAAUUCUAGUCAAAUUGAAAUUCAUCUAUCAAAAACAAAGCUUGACAAAAAAUGUACAAUAACAUUAAAUUCUGUACGUUUUCUAUUAGUUGUUGAUUGGUUACUUGAACUUAAUGAAUUUCUAAAUUCAUUCUAUGAACAACAAUCUACAAUUAAUACUAGUAUUUCAAUCAUAUCAUUCGAUAUCAAACUUGAUUUAAAUCAAUUUGAACUUGUAUUUGUUCCAAGUAUAAAAGAUCCAUAUGCUAAUGCACUCGUUUAUUCUAGUACAAUAAUUCUUCAUUAUAAAAAAGGAAUUCGACCAUUGGAAUGUUCAAUAACUGAUUUAACAUUUUUUACAUGUCAAAUUGGUUGUAUUGAUGAAACAACAAUGUCUAUCAUCGAACCCAUUGAUUGUUCCUUUAAUGUUUAUAUAUCGAAUGAAAUGCUUAAUGAACAAACAUGUAAACUUAAUAUUCCUAUAUUAAAUAUUCGUCUUUCAUAUUCGAAUAUUAAAAUAAUAUUAUCGUUGGUUAAUUUAAUAUACAAGCAAAUAUCUCAAGCAAAAACUCGAAAACCUUUAUUAACAUAUUUUACUGGAAUCAUUAUAUCACCUUUAAAAAAUUAUCAAUCAUCUGAAAAUAUAUUUUUAAAUAUAAAAUUUUUAAAAUUUAUUUGUGAUGAAAUAUGUUUAUGUCUUAUUGAUGAUUGUUUUGGUGUAAAUAUUCCUUUAUUGAAUAUCAAUUUAAAAUUUUUUAAUUUACAAACAAUUGAAAAUAGUGAUUCACAUCGUACAGAUCAAAGUGAAUUUCAAUUAAGUAUAUCAUAUUAUAAUCGAUUUCAAUCUGGAUUUGAACCAUUAAUUGAAAUAUGUCAAUUACAAAUGAUUUUUAGUAGAUCAUCAUCAUCGUCCAUUUCAUUAUUUAUUUCUUCGAAUGAAAUACUUAAUUUAAAUUUUACAAAAGCAAUGUAUCGUUUGUAUAAUACAAUUAAAACAAAUUGGCUAAUUGAUUAUCAAAAUUCGAAGAAUGAUAUUACAAUAAAUAUAUCGAAAAAAGAAAUUGGUUUUCAUCGUGUAAAACCAUUAGAUUCAUAUUGUUUUAAGAAUUUAACUGGUGUUCAAAUCAAAUUUCGUACAUGGAUAACAGUUGAACAACGAUUUACAAAUGAUGAAAAUAUUGUUGAUGAUAAUCAAACAAUUUCAUUUUGUUUUCCUACUCGUUCAUCUGAGUUAAAUAAGAAUAUAAAUCAACAUUCUAAAAUGAGAGCACGAACAAAUUCAAUUGUUGCAUCAUUAUUUCAAACUGAUCGUCGUCUAUUAAUUUCAAUCGAUGGUUGGCAAUGUUUACAACCAAUAUCAAUUGAUCGUAUUGGUAAAUUUUUUCGAUUAGCUAUUCCAUCCAAUCAUAAUCAAUUAGUUAAACCAAUUCUUGUUACUAUUGAUAUUGCUAUGACAGAUAAUUCAAUACGUUCAAUUACAGUAAAAUCUUCUAUCGAAAUACGUAAUCAACUAUUAACAUCAAUCGAUAUUCGAUUCGAAUGUAACUUCGAUUUAUCAUACGAAUUUUGUUUAGAACCAAAUGAAAUUCGUUCAUUACCUAUACAAUUUUGUUCAAUACUUAAACAAAUUCAAGUUCGACCUGCUAAUUUUGCUCUCGAUUAUUGUGAUGAUCCUAUUAAUUGGUUAGAAAUUGAAAAUGAAAAUACAAUAGGUGUACAAAGAAAUGAUAACAAAUCUAGUACUAGAAAAUCUUCAACAUUCGAAGAAAAUACAAUCAAUCGUCAGUCAUUUCUUCGUAGAUGUUCAAUCAAUGGAAAAGAAGCAGUUUAUUAUGUAUGUUUUCAAUCAAAACAAACUUGCCUUUUAACCUAUCAAGAUCAUACAUUUUCACUCUAUGAAUUAUCUAUUUUUCCACCGUUAACAAUUUAUAAUUUACUUCCAUGUACAUUAAAUUUUGAAAUACCAUCUCAUCCUCAAAAGUUUGAACUUAGUGCAUAUAAAUUUCACAAAGAACAUGUAUUAAAUAUCGCUCAAGGUAUAAAUAUUAUCUUUGCUACUAAUCUCUAUCAUAUGAAUAAACCAAUAUGUUUACCAUCAAUAAAUGAUCUUCAUCGUAUGAAAUAUACUCAUCAACGUAUUAUCUUCUAUGAUAAUAGUCAACGAGAAUUAAUUGUUGAUAUUACAAUUGUAUGUAUUGUUAAAUAUCGUCUAAAACUUUUUGUAUCUGUUCCCUAUGUCUUAUUAAAUAAGAGUGGUAUUCCAUUAAUAUUCAAAGAUAUAAAUUCACGAGUUGAAGCAGCUGGACAAAAUAAAGAAGAUGAAAUAGCAUUAAAUCGAGAACCAUUACUUUUUUCAUUCAAUGAUUCGAAUCGUAAUAAUACAUGCGUAAUGAGAGUAGGCACUGGUUUACAUCUUCAUCAAGAUGGACGUCCUCAAUGGUCACAACGAUUUAGUUUAGAACAUGGUUCUACUUAUCGACAAUUAAAAGUACGUUUAUCACGUAAUUCAUCUGAUUGGAAUUAUUCUAUUAGUAUUGAUGUUCAUUCUGGACAUGGUCAUUUGAAAAAGAAAACAAAAUUUAUUUUUUUCAAUGCACGUUAUAUUAUUUGUAAUCAAAGUUCAUAUGAUUUAUUGAUUGCACAACGACACAUAGUAGAUAAUACUUCUAAUUGGCUUCAUGUAUUACAACAUGCAAAUGUUGCUUAUCAUUGGCCACGUACUGAUAUUGAACAAUUAUUAUGCGUACGAGUUAUGGAUGAUGAUCAAUAUCCAUUGAUUCAUUGGUCGGGUGGUUUUCAAAUUGAUUCUAUUGAUGCAUUUCAUAUCAAUAUGAGAUAUGAAAAUGGUCAAUGCUUAAUACUUCGAGUACAAGUUAUUGAACGAAAUGGCACUUAUUUUGUUGUAUUUAUGGAUUCGAAUCAAAUGCCAGUUCCAUUUCGUAUUUAUAAUCGAUCUAAUGUACCGAUUCAAUUCUAUCAAACGGAAACUCGAGAAGAUCUAAGUCAUUUACGUACGAUAAUUCAACCACAUCAGUCAAUCGAUUAUGCUUGGGAUGAACCAACAUUUAAACCAACCAUUACUUGCUCAAUUAUAGAUGGUACUAAAGCAACCUAUGAUCUUCUUAAACUUGGUUCUGCCGAUGAUUUACACUAUCAAAAUUAUAUCUAUCUCACUUUUGAAGAAACAUUUCAUAGAGAAGACCUUACAGAAUUAUUAUCUACAACAAAUAAGGCUAACAAUAUAUCACAUUCUUCAUAUCAGCAGCUUGUCAUUGAAUAUAUCGAUGGUCGAUUAUUACUAUCAAAACUUCAAGAAAAUAAACGUUCACAAUUAUGGCAGAUGACAAGUAAUGGCCUAUUGAUUCAUGUAGGAUCAUCACCAUCAUCAUUUCAAGAUUCAAAUACGAAGAAAGAAUAUCUUGAUGAUAUUCGACAUGCAUUUGUCUUAGAUAUCAAAGAUUCAACUGAUAAUGUUUUAAGUCAUCUAAUGACACGUUCUAUGCCACUGAUAGUGAGACGUUAUGAUUCCAAACGAACAUUUACACAAACUUGGCAGUUUCUUGAUAAUGGUUGUUUGUGUAUGGCAAAUACACAGAUGUGUGUUCAAGUUUUUGGAGAAUUAAACGAAAAUAGUGAUGUAGUUCUUGGACCGAUUAUUGAGAAUAAAAAUUUGUUACCUGCAGCAACUAUGCAUAUUCGUUCUCAUCAACGUUAUAAAGGUUCUGGUGUUUUAUAUACACGUGUAAUUGCUGAUGGGCCCACAAAUGUGCUCGAAAUAGAUCAUAUAAAAACAACUGACUCGCCAAUUAUAACUACUAUCUUAUCAUCAUCAUCGACUAUUUAUCAUCUUGAUCUUCAUUUUCCAUUUGGUGUUGGUAUAUCUGUUGUAGGUUCGAUUGGUCAUGAAUCGGAAGAACUUAUAUAUGUUCUCGUUAAUAAUGUUCAUAUCGAAUAUAAUGAUAAAGAUCAUGAACAAUCAAUUGAAGCAACAAUCGAUACUCUUAUUAUUUCAAAUCAACUUUUAACAACAACAAAACCAUGUUUGCUCUAUGCAUCCUAUACUAAAGAUACAUCAACUCAAUCAGCUAUUCGUUUACAAGUAAAUUGGAAAAAAUUCAAUGCUAAUUUCAUUCUUCUUCGUAUUAUUCGUUAUCUUCGUCUUGAUCUCAAUUCAAUCGUAAUUCAACUCGAUGAACUUCUUUUAUGGAAAUUAAUCGAUUUUUUUGAUAUUGAAAUCUCAUCAUUAUCCGCAUUACUAUUUAAAGCUGCUGGUAUCGGUAAUAGUUCUAAUUCUGAUCGUAAAAUUGAUCUAAAUGUAAAUGAUUACGAUACGGAACGAAUUCUAUCAUUACUAACAUCAACACAUGCUACUCGAAUCUAUUUUAAUAAACUUUAUUUAUCACCUAUUAAUCUCAAGUUAAGUGUAUAUUGUAUUCAUUCAAAACGAUUGCUUCCAAUGCAUUUAUUAGCUAUUAAACGACGUGCAUCAUUUCCUCUUGUUCCUUUUGAAAAUGCUGAAAUAAAUUUAAGAACUUACGAACAAACACAUAUUUCUAAUACAUAUGAUUUUUUUCUAUUCUCAAUAAUGACACAUUAUGUUAAUGUUUGUACACGACAAAUAUUGAAAAUUGUAGGUAGUGUUGAUUUUCUUGGAAAUCCACUUGGAUUAAUUCAUGAUGUAACCAAUGGUUUAACUUGUCUUGUUGAUCAAGGUAGUGUAAGUGGUCUAGUUAAAAAUGUAACACAUGGUGUUGCUGAUUCAACAUCAAAAGUUACAGGUUCACUUUCACAUGGAUUGGGUAAACUUGUUUCGGAUAAUGAAACUGACAGUCGACGACAAGCUAUAGCAGAUCAUCGUCGAGGUUCAACACUUGGUCAUGCUAUUCGACAUGGAACAGUUGGUUUAGCUGCUGGAUUUUAUGGUGGAUUGACAUCAAUGAUUAAACAACCAUAUAAAGGUGUUGUUGAAGAAGGUGUUCCUGGACUUGUUAAAGGCGUUGCAAAAGGUAUUGUGGGAACAGUAAGUAAACCAAUGGUUGGUAUACUCGAUUUUACAAAUGAAAUGGCAACAGCUAUUAAAGAAGGUUCACGUUCAUCAAAUACAAAUUUGCAUAGUCGUACAAGGCCAAUACGAUGGCCAUCAAAUAGUUUAUGUCUACUUCAAUCUUAUUCAAUUUUUGAUGCUCAAGGUCAUUAUUUACUUUACAAAAUCAACAAAGGCAAUAUGACUGAACGAUAUAUUUCACGACUUACUCUUUCUACAAAACCAACCAAUACGUCAGAUAAACGAGUAGUGACUACAAAUAGUCACCGUAACAAAUUUACGUCAGAUCGAAGAGAUGCCUAUGUCGAUGCAAUGAUCACUACUCAACGUGUAAUUAUAUAUCAAAGAAUAGGUGAUGAACCUGAUAUAUUCAAAUUUGAAAUUAUUAAUAGUUACGAUUUCAGUACAUCAAUGACAGUUGUUCCUAUCGAAGAUGAUGAUGGUCAUACUUAUAUUCGAUUUCUCAUUGAUUCCAAUACUUCCACUCUGUCAAACAACACAUCGAACAUAUCUCACCAGUGUAUUCAUCGAUGUGAUACUCUUGACCAAGCCAAAUUGUUCAUCCACGAAGUACAACGAGCACAAGAGAUAUUUCAAGAAGAAAAAAUGAUUUAUGUGACAUCCGAUGAUGAAUACGACGAUAUUUAUAGUGAUAAUCUCAAUGAUCAACAAACUGAAUAA